AAUUUUAAAUAGAAAGUCAGUGAUCACUACUGGGUCCAGUCUUAUCCAGCUUGUUUAUCAACAGCCUGGAUGGAGGGAUAGAAUGGACUCUGAGCAGGUUUGGUGAUGAUACAGAACUGGGGGAGUGGCUGAUCCCCCUGAGGGCUGGGUUGCAUUCAGAGGGACCUGGACAGGCUGCAGGGCUGGAUGGAGAGAAACCUGAUGAGGUUCAGCAGGGCAAGUGCAGGUCCUGCACCUGGGGAGGGAUGGCCCCAGGUACCAGCACAGCCUGGGGGUGACCUACAGGAGAGCAGCUCUGCAGAGAGGGAGCAGGGGGUCCAUGAGUUGCACAUGGAGCCAGCAGUGUGCCCUAGGGACAGCAGGAUCCUGGGGGCAUUGGGAAAAGUGUGGUCAGCAGGUCAGGGAGGUGAUCCUUGCCCUCUGCUCUGCCCUGGGAGCCAUAUCUGUGUUCAGUUCUGGUCUCCAAGUUCAAGAAAGACAGGAGUUACUGAAGAGAGUCCAGUAGAGCCAUAAAGAUGAUUACAGGUCUGGAGCAUCCCUCUGAUGAGGAGAGACUGCUGGAGCUGGGCUGGUUAGUCUGGAGAAGACAAGACUGAGAGGGGAUCCCAUCCAUCUAUUUAAAUAUAUCCAGGAGAUGUCAGAGGAUGGUGUCAGACUCUUUUUAGUGGUGGCCAGCAACCAGACAAGGAGGAAUGGCCCUAAACUGAAAACACAAGAAGUUCCAACUCAAGACAGGAAAAAACUUCAUUCCAUGGAGGGUGGCAGAGCACUGGAGCAGGUGCCCAGGGAUUUAUGGAGUCCCUCACUCUGGAGACAUCCCAAACCCAGCAGGAUGUGUUCUGUGUCACCUGUUCCAGGUGAUCUUGCAGAGGGGUUGGACUGGGUGAUUUCCAAAGGGCCCUUCCAAGCUAUUCUGGGAUUCUGUGAUUUUGAGAAAAGGGACAGGAAGUAGAAGAGGGGACCCAUAACUGAAUCCUCAGGGGAUGGCUGGGGUUUGGAUGAAGAAUGCCAGUCCAGGGAUUAGGAUCCAGGCAUGGGGAGUGACCAUGCAUGUUUGUUGGCACCAGCCCCGUGCAGCCUCUCCAUCAAGGCUGAUAUGUGACACGGGUGGGUCCCAUGUGGCUCCAAAACUCUAAUAAAUACAUUUCCUCCCCAAUCUUCAAGCCGUUGGGUGUUCCUGGCUUUUGGGAGGUGCUUUAAAUCUGACUGCCAGAGCCGUGGGCUGCUGAGAGCAGAAGCUGCCUGCACGAUGCUGAGCUCAGGUCUUCCUCCCGUUCUCCUGGUGCUCUCAGUGCUGGAGCUGAGCUGGUCCCUGAGUGAUGAGGAAAAGAAGAUCAUCGUGGAUGAGCAUAAUAAAUAUCGCUCCCAGGUCUCUCCUCCUGCCAUGGCUAUGAUGAAGAUGACCUGGGACACAGACCUGGAGGUUACUGCUCAAAACCAGGCAAGGGACUGCAGCUGGAACCGGAAUGGGGGUGGGAAGAACCUCUUUGCUGCCACUUCAACCCUGGAUGUAAAAUUGGCCAUUGAAGAAUGGAACAGGGAGAGGGAAUUCUACAACUUUUCAACAUCUGAGUGUGACCCUGGGAAGACAUGUGAUGACUACACCCAGUUGGUCUGGGCAGGAACAAACCACGUUGGCUGUGGGAGCACUUACUGUGAGAAGGUGGAUGGAAUCGAAGCAGAGAAUGUACAGCUGCUUGUUUGCAUCUAUUUUCCCAGGAGUAAUAUAAAGGACAAUAUGCCCUACUGGGCAGGACCCUCGUGUACAACAUGUCCCAAGGACACAGUCUGUGUGAACAACCUGUGUGCCGUUGGGUGUUCCUGGCUUUUGGGAGGUGCUUUAAAUCUGACUGCCAGAGCCGUGGGCUGCUGAGAGCAGAAGCUGCCUGCACGAUGCUGAGCUCAGGUCUUCCUCCCGUUCUCCUGGUGCUCUCAGUGCUGGAGCUGAGCUGGUCCCUGAGUGAUGAGGAAAAGAAGAUCAUCGUGGAUGAGCAUAAUAAAUAUCGCUCCCAGGUCUCUCCUCCUGCCAUGGCUAUGAUGAAGAUGACCUGGGACAAGGAGCUGGAGGCCCUUGCUCAAUCCUAUGCAGAGAAAUGCAUCUGGGACCACAACAAGGAGAGGGGCCGGCGGGGAGAAAACCUCUUUGCUAUGGCUCCAACCCUGGAGCUGGAAUUCGCCGUGGAAGACUGGAACGGGGAGGAGAAAUUCUACAACUUGACAACAUCCACGUGUGUCCCCGGGCAGAUGUGUGGCCACUAUACCCAGGUGGUCUGGUCCAACACACAUCAGGUCGGCUGUGGGGCACAUUUCUGUGAGAAGAUCGAUGGAAUCGAAACAGAGAACAUGCACCUGCUUGUUUGCAACUAUUAUCCCCCGGGUAACAUGAAAGGCAAAAAGCCCUAUGUGGAAGGACCCUCGUGUACAACAUGUCCCAAGGACACAGUCUGUGUGAACAACCUGUGUGCAGGUGCCUUGGACACAGAAGAACUGGAGACAAACUCGGACCAGACAAGUGUGGAUCCACCCAAAGGUGGAGCCCCCAGCGCCUGCCUGGGGCUUUCGCUCUUCCUCCUCCCCUGUGCCAUCCUGCUGGGCCUUCUGCUCUGAAGAGUCUUCCUCAGCUGUCCCUGCACCCUCAGCAAGGCUUUUGUCAGUGCUGGCUGUUCACAGCCCUGGCAGGCUCAGGAGACUCUUGGCCAGUUCCCAGGCUCCCUCCCCACGCUGCCUUCCCUGCUGCAGCCCCGGAGAGCCCAGGGCAGUGCUGGGGGAGCUCUGUGCCCUUCCUGAGGAGACCUGAGGGCAGCAGCAGGCUCUUUGCCAUCGUGCUGGUGACCUUGGAUGCUUCUCCUUUCCCCUGGCUUCUGUUCCAUUCCCAGGCUGGAAGUGCUGAGCUCCCCCCACCCACAAUCCCAUAUGGCCCCAGGCCCUGGCACAGCGUGACCUGGGGACAGCAGGGUGACCUGGGGACAGUCAGACAUGGUGGCUUUGGUGUUUGUAUAUGAGGCAUGGUGGUUGGCUCAGGUGUUUGUCAGGAUGAAUUUCCAGCAGAAAUGGUUUUUUUCCUUCCCAGUGUGUUUCUUUCAGUUCUGGGCAAGUUUUACCUCUUUCCCUUCUUGUCCAAACAGAGUGGCUGUUCUGAGGAUUUCUGUUUCCUCCUGGUUCUGGUGUAGCUCUGGCCAGUAGUACCCAGCAGUUCCCCCCUCUCCUCCUCACACUCUGCAGUGUUUGCCUCCUCCCUUUCUCCUCCUCCCUCUCUCUUGCUCCCUGCCCAUGUCCCAUUCCUCAGUUACUCCAAUGCCACAGAUUUAUUUUACGCCUGUGCCUGCACCUGUGUGCACACACAGAAGAGAAACCUUCAGAGCUGAGAGAGGCCAUCAGCUCCUUCAUGUAGCUUUUCCCUGCAUGGCUUCAUUCUUUGCACCAUUUCUGUGUAUUUUAAUUUAGAUACAGUUCCUCUUGAUGUCCAGGUGUGUUGGUACAAUCUGAGCUCCAGAGGUACAAGGGACAUUGUUAGAGGUUAUUGUGGCUCCUGGGCCUGUUGCAGGACCUCUGUCAUUGUCUGGGCCACUGUGUUUUGUUACCCCACGUCUCUGCUCCCUUCACCUGAGGAUUCCCAGUCAGGUGUGUUAAAUAUGUGACAAGAUUUGCAAAGAAGUGGAAAGAAGAUAAUGGGGAGAUACAGCCCCUUCUCUGGCCACUGCAACCUUUCAUUUCUUACAGAUGAGGUGGAGGAUGACCUGAAGGUCAUUAUUCAGAUCCUCCACUGCUGCUCUGUCCUGUGCAUCCCCAGAGCAUGCACUGAAUAAAUCCUUUUGUCAAAGUCUGUUCACUCUCUCUCCGGGAGAUCUGGACACCUGGGAGCCACUUAUACUAUCUGUAAAAUGCUCUUAAUUAUGUGCUUACAUAGAAUUGCUAAAAGACAACAUGACUUCUGUGGGUCCUGAAGGGGUUUUUUGGCUUUCCAAAAGGCAUCCACAUGCUGCUUUUCGUAAGGGUGUGACUUAAUGUUUUAAAACCUGUGUAAAAGCAGCAGGAGGCCAUGGGGAUCGAGGAUGACAUAAGGAAUUUUUCUUGAGCAUCCAGCUGAGUGUAAAGUAAAAAUGUGUCCCCACCAGGAAUUCUUGGGAAAGGGAAUCAAGAGAAAAAAAGCACAGAGCAAAAAAAGAAAUAAAAACUAUGGCUGGAGCACUUCUGGUGCCCUGUUUUCAGAAGCUCAGCACAAGCCUCUCUCACACAGUAAACACACACAGUUUCAUCUUUGUGGCACAGAAAAGAAGUUAAACAAAAGUCUACAUCCCCAGAUUCAGUGUUUAGCACAGAAUCAGCACUGGAGUGAUGCUGGCAUCUGACUUUGCCUUUUGCUAUUCCCCAUCCUCCUGCCUCUGCUCUUCCCAGCAGAGCUGCCCAGCAGCUCCACCUUUCCCUUCUCCCAAAGCUCUGCUGCAGGAGCCCAGCAGCACCAGCUGCCCUGCAGGAGCUCAGCUGUCCUCGGGGUGCUCUGAGGUCACUGGCCAGCCCAGCCCAGCCAGGCAGUGACCAGCAGAUGGCACUGGGAGAGGCACUGCUGAGAACUGGGCAGCUCAGCUCGCCCUGCACACCCUGCCCACAGCUCUGAGCUUUAUUUAAUCACCAGCCUCAGGUGUAAUUAAGAAGGAGAGGAAAAAGAGCCUCGUUCUUUUUAAAGCUGCUGCACACUCUGGGAGCAGGCUGAGCUCCUGCUGCUGGGCUGCCUUUGGGGGAGAAAUCCAUCCCUGCCUUAUGGACAGAUGAUAAAAAUGCUGCCCCAGGGCUGUUCCUCACCCGUGUGAGGGCAGAGGGCUCAGAGCUGCAGGAGCAUCUCAGGACCUCGUCUGGUUUUGCAUCUUCAUGAAGGACAGUGUAGCAUUCCCUAAAAGCUCCCUGGAAACACCACAAGGAGCAGAAAAGCAUUUCUCCUCCCAGCAAGAUCAGGACACUCAUCAGGGCAAACCCUGAUGUUGUGCAGUGCUGGAUCCCCCACCCUGCAGAGAGCCAGGGAGGCACAAGGGUGCUGCUGCUGAACAGCCAGCAGGAUUCCAGGAUUGGGCUGUUUCAUUGCUGGUCUGGGGCUAUGAACCUUGUGAAAACUCUUGGGUUUUGUUUUGCUGAAGGUUGGGAGUUGUGCAGACAGGCUGUUGUACAAGGACUAUUUAUAGAGUUCCUUGCAGCAGAAAAGUCCAGCCCAGAAGGAAAUCCGCUUUCCUCUUGCCCUGCUCCCGGGACAGCGGGGCUGAGCCUGCCCACAGCCAUCUGGGGCUUUGGUUCCAUCCUGAAUUUGGGCCUUUUGGCAAGGGCAGGGUUUGGUAUGGCACACAGAGGAGGACAUAAAAUAUUCAAGGGAGACUUUUGCAGCAUUCCCUCUCCAUUUCUGGGCUUGGCAUAAAGGGGACUCUGGCACUGGGGUGACCCUGGCAAAGAUUGUGCCAGGCUCUUACAGGCCCUGGCCCUGUGUGGUGGGAGGAGAAGGCAUUAACCUUCAGCUGGGCUGCCUUGGGUUAAAUUCUGGCAUUUGUGGUGUUUAUGAGGCCUGGCUCCCUCAUGAACUCACCUGCUUGCUUCCCUCCAUCCCUGGGCUGUUUGCAGCAGGGACAGGGAGGUGUUUGCUGCUGGUGCAGAGAGAGGAGCUUCCUUUGCUUCAGUCCUGAAUGUGCCAUGAAUGCAGUGGGUCAGAGAGGUUGGGGUGAGCACACAGACCCUGCUGGGUAUUUGCCUUUGGGGUCCAUCCAGCUGCCAAGUAUUCCUUCAGUGUUUGGGCUGGAAGUGCUCUCAUUCCACAAUGCCCUGUGAGGGUCUAGGUCUACUCACCUUUCCUGAUCUUGCAUCCUGGCUGCUCUUUGCUGAAAGAAGGUGCCUAUUCCUCUGUGCCAUUGUGGCCAGGGAUGAUGUGGCUGUCCCAGUGCCUUGUGCCAGUGAGUCAGCUGGGUGUCCCACACAGCCACGGGUGUAAGCUCAGCCAGGCUGUCAUCUCCUCCUGGGCACAGCUGCCCUUUCCUUUGUGCCAGGACACACUGGAGCAAUUAAACAUUACCUGGGCUGCUUCCUUAGCCCUUGAUGGGAUUUUUUUGGCUUAGUGGACCCUGGAAUCUCUGUGUUCUCCUCUUGCUGGUAUAAACAUGUUUAUACCAAAGACUAUCCAGGGCAGAGGGAAGCCCAACCUGCAGCCCUUGAGCUGAGGGUGAGGAAGCAGCUUGGGCUAUGUGUAGAAGUUGUGCUGAAAAUUUUUUGUCAGGAAAGCACCUGCUGACGGCCAAGACAGAUGGUCUCAGCUGCUUGGACAACUCAGUCUGCCCCACAUCCUCAUCCUGUGGCUUCCCUUUCACACCCAGGAUUUUGGUCAGUCAGGAACCGUGACCACCCCUCCAGAGGUCCCAGUUUACCAGCCAAACUCACUUCAGGGCAAUAAAAAGACUCUGUUUUAAAAAAGUCAAACCAAGUUUAUUUUCACAAGAGAAUAUCUCCAGUAAUAUUUUAUUCAUGGCUUCCAGCUCACACAGCUCCACUGUUUGAAAUUCUCUGCAUUAGUAUCAAUGCUAUGGAGGGGGACUGAACAGAUUCCAUCUGGGACAUGUGGGAUCAGCUCUUUUCCAGGGGACACCUCUCCAGAUGAAGUGGAUAUGCUGCUGUUCCCAUGCUUGUGGUGCUAUUUUGGUACCUUCCAAGCAAUCUGUGGGCAGGAGCCCUGCCCCUGAGCAAGCAGCUGGAGGAUAAUAAUGCAGCUCAGAGGACCAAGCUGAGCUUUGCACAGCAAGUCGCCAGGACUGCUGAAAAUCCAGAUUUAUGGAGAGAGGGCUGCAUUCCUUCGCUGCUUGGAACUGCAGCAUCCCCACCCAGCAGCUGCGUCCCAGCCCCGCUGCAGCUACGCCCUGUCCCAGCAGAGGGGCUGAAACGAGCUGUUCAUUCUGGGGACUCCCACGGCCCCGGCAGCCAGAGCUGGCUCUCCCUGUGCUUUUGCUCAGGGUGAAAUUUGAGGGCUCCAAUUUCUCUCUGCUCUCUCCCUCCCACUUCAUCUGAGAAGGUGUCCUCUGCUUGCCCUCGCUCCCCGGUGUCUCGGAUCUCGCGUCUCCCUGGCAGUAAGAUGUUGUGAUAAUGGCCUGAAAUGUCCUUCCCGACGCAGCCCUGAUCGUGUUACAGCUCCACUCCUGGUCUUGAUCCUACUUACUCUGGAAAACGGCAGAGGGAUAGUCCCAUCUGCUCCUAAGAAAGAGAAGAAUUAACAAUUCCCUGUCCCUUGCCAAGGGCCAGAGCUCUGAAGCAUGACGACUUCUCACAUGUCUGCUGUCAGGUGACAGAGCUGGGAGAACCCACAAGGAUUAGAAUCUGCUCCCUUUGGCUCAUGUCUCUUCUCUACCUGUCUCCACUUCAGGACAAGAUUUUAGUCUGAAUCAUUGGCUCAUCUUAUGUAAAUACCCACGAGCCCUAAACUUCCCUCACAGGGUUUGCAUGUGAGUGAGUUCAGUUGAUAAACAAUUAUCAGAUCAGAAAGAACCACCCUCUAACUCUGUUCCAUGGGACAGGCUGGGAACUUGUCCAAAACAAAAUGCACCUCCUGAGCACGGGCCAACCAGCCAAAUCUGACCAGCUCCCAGGGCUCUCAGUCCACAGGCUAAGCUUGCCCUUGGGUCUGGUUCUGAACCCAAACUUCAGAAAUGGGCACAACAAAAUUAAAUCAUGAGGUCAGAUCUGUCCCAUUUGUACCAAAGAAUCUGCUCCCCUCCAGACCGGAGGACAGACCAGAAAAGAUCAAUAUACUUGAGCACUUUGCAACUUGAGC